UAGACAUCCGGAGAAACAUGGAGGACACCAUCGGCAGUAAUCCCCCAUCUCUCGGAUUUUUAGAGAAAUUGAAGUCUUGGCUCUCCUGGUCAUGGACUUACGUAUGCUUCGUUUGGUUCGGCAUGGUCCUGAUUAUGGUGUACGUCGUGUGGAGUCCGCUGAAACUGCAGGAAACUCUUACUUCAGCUUCAGUGUUUCUGAACACUCUCACUCCUAAAUUCUACGUGGCCCUCACCGGAACUUCUUCCCUUAUCUCUGGACUUAUCCUUAUAUUUGAGUGGUGGUAUUUCCGCAAAUAUGGCACGUCAUUUAUCGAGCAAGUGUCUGUGAGCCACCUGCGUCCUCUGCUGGGUGGGGUGGAGAGCAGCUCGUCGACGGGUCUCUUCUCAUCAAUUAAUGGAGAGGCAGAGCCCAGACCCAGCGUCUCUGAUUGCAAGGUCUGGAGGAACCCUUUAAACCUUUUCAGAGGAGCAGAAUACAACAGGUACACCUGGGUGACAGGGAAGGAACCUUUGACCUACUACGAUAUGAACCUGUCUGCCCAAGAUCAUCAGACCUUUUUCACAGGAGACACUCAACAGUUAAAGCCAGAGGAUGCAGUGAUGCAGAAGGCAUGGAGAGAGAGAAAUCCCCAGGCCAGGAUCAGAGCUGCUUACCAGGCCAUAGAAAUGAACCAUGAAUGUGCUGCUGCAUAUGUGCUUCUAGCAGAAGAAGAAGCCACAACCAUCACGGAAGCUGAGCGCCUCUUCAGAAAAGCCCUGAGUUUUGCUGGGAAAGAUAUCAAUCUACUGGUUUACAUUAAACGCAGACUGGCAAUGUGUGCACGCAAGCUGGGCCGGAUCAAAGAAGCCGUAAAAAUGAUGCGAGAUUUAAUGAAAGAGUUCCCAUUGUUGGGAAUGUUAAAUAUACAUGAAAAUCUCUUGGAGGCACUUUUGGAGCUUCAGGCAUAUGCUGAUGUCCAAGCAGUCCUCGCAAAAUAUGAUGACAUUAGUUUGCCAAAAUCAGCCACCAUCUGCUAUACAUCUGCACUGCUGAAAGCACGGGCAGUUUCAGAUAAGUUUUCUCCAGAAGCUGCGUCCAGACGAGGGCUGAGCACAGCAGAGAUGAACGCUGUGGAGGCGAUACACAGAGCUGUUGAGUUCAAUCCACACGUGCCAAAGUACCUUUUAGAGAUGAAGAGCCUGAUUCUGCCUCCAGAGCACAUCUUAAAGAGAGGGGACAGUGAGGCAGUAGCAUACGCCUUCUUCCACCUGCAACACUGGAAGAGAGCAGAAGGCGCCUUAAACCUGUUACACUGCACCUGGGAGGGCACCUUCCGGAUUAUUCCAUACCCGCUGGAAAAGGGUCACCUGUUUUACCCCUACCCAGGGUGCACAGAAACGGCAGAUAGAGAACUACUCCCCUCUUUUCACGAGGUGUCCGUAUACCCAAAGAAAGAGCUUCCCUUCUUCAUACUCUUCACAGCAGGCCUUUGCUCUUUCACUGCCAUGCUGGCCAUGCUCACACAUCAGUUUCCUGAGCUCAUGGGUGUCUUUGCCAAAGCAUUCUUCAGCACACUCUUUGCACCGCUCGGCUUCUUUGCAGACAAAAUGGAGAACUUCAUGCCGUCCAGUUUUUGGCACCAGCUGACUCGGAUUUGACCUCAUCUCAUCUCUGUCUCACUCAGUCAUUCAACACACAACACACACACACACACACACACACACACAGACACACGCACACACACCAAAAGAAGACUCAUAAACACCAAAAGAAAACUCAUAAACACGAGUCUCACUCAAAAUUCUUGGACAGAAAGUGUUUGCUCUCCUGUCUUCAGCAUUACUAUCCUCUUGCUGCAUUGUUACUGAUUAUAUUGGCCAAGGUUGUAUCAACACAGCAACAGCACUCCUAAGUUGCUCUCAAGCACGACUCCAGCUGGCAGGGGGUUUCCUAGAAGGUAUAAUACGACUUGCAACUAAUUCUCCUGUCAUCUUAGUAUUAGAAAAUCUCUGCCAUUUUUAAUUCCCAUCAAGAAACGGUUGAAACAAAGUGACUGAAACCCGCAUGUUUAUUAAUCAAUAAUUUAUUGUUCGUGGAGAGUCAAAAGAGAAAGUAUAGACUUCCUCGUAUAAUGCCUCUCAUUCAAGAUGUCAUACAGUCUGUCGUCUUUCUUUCUUUUUUAAACUAAAAGUUUACAACCGUUGAUAACUGCACCCAGAUAUACAAACAGAAGACCUGAAAAUAAAACUGAUUUAAAGCCUUGGUGUUUGGACAGUGAAUAGUGACUCUUAAGUACUAUAUUAAUAGCAUUCAUUCCUGUUUGUUUCAUGAAACGUACUGACGUUCUCGCGACAAAUGCUGUAGGAACUUGGUGAUAACCAUAAAGGUAACUUAACAGUCGUUUAUAUUAUUCUGUUCCACCGACAUGACAUUUACUUGACUACAUGAGAGAUGACGAUUUUACCACCGCCGUUUGUCCAAACCCACCUAUUCCUGCAGGGUCGCAGAUGGGCUGGCACCUGGAUCCAGCGGUCACUGGCUGAGAGGCGGGGUACACCCUGGACACAAACUGAUUAUGAUUUGGGUAAUAUAGAUCCCGUUACAGAGAAUCUCAUUUUAAUCUGACCAUUAAAACUUGAUUACAUGAUAUCUGUAUUUCACUGCUGAAAUAAAGCAAGACAUGCUGAGGACAGGAGAUUAUGUACACAGCUGUAACUACCUUUGACAGAAACACCUACAAUAAAUGUGAUUUACCUUCA